GGAGCGGCUGCGAGCCGACGGAAGGCGAGGAGAAGGAGCUGCCGGAGAGGGGAGCGUCAGUGGUGGAGGCAGAGCCUGCUUUGGGUAGCCGAGAGCGGGCGCACGAAUUAGAGUUUAGUCUCCAGGGCCUUCCACGAGAGUUUGGCCACCCUGCACCCGCCCACUCGCCAUGGACAAGGACCACCUCUAUGAAUCUUUGAAAUGUUAACAGUGAUAAAUACGGCUAUAAGAAAUGAAUGAUGAUGAUGAUGAUGUUCCUCAGCUUUCAUCUGAAGCUUUAGCUGCUCUGCAGGAGUUCUAUGUUGAGCAACAGCAGAGAGAAGCUAAGCCUACUGAUAAAACUCAAAGUUAUUCGGUUGGCUCUAUUGAAGAGAAUUGGCAACUGAGCCAGUUCUGGUAUGAUCCUGAGACAGCAUUUUGUUUAGCUAAUGAGGCCAUAAGAGCAGCUGGGAAAGGUGGCAGGAUAGCUUGUGUCAGUGCCCCAAGUGUUUAUCAAAAACUGAAAGAGCAGGACUGUCAAGAUUUUUCAAUCUGCAUUUUGGAGUAUGACCAGAGAUUUUCUGUAUAUGGAACCGAGUAUGUUUUCUACGAUUACAACAGCCCUUUGAAACUUCCAACCCACCUUGAAGCACAUAGUUUUGAUAUUGUCUUAGCAGAUCCACCCUAUCUAUCUGAAGAAUGUCUCCAAAAAAUAGCAGAAACCAUCAAAUACUUAACUAAAGGAAAGAUUCUGCUCUGCACAGGUUUAAUCAUGGAAGAAUAUGCUGCUAAAUAUCUUGGUGUGAAAAUGUGCAAGUUUAUUCCAAAACAUGCUCGAAAUUUAGCUAAUGAAUUUCGAUGCUAUGCGAAUUAUGAUUCUGGACUGGAUUUGGAUUCUCUUUCUUGAUAACCCAAUAAACAUUAAUAGGAUUUUUCAA